GGGACUGGGAGGCGCCUCGUGUCGGGCGGGGAGCGGCGGGCGCAGCCCCUCUCGCUCGGCCCCGGGGAGAUCCGAGGCACUUCCUCUUCUUCCCCACCACCCCACCCCGCGAGAGGAAAAUGGAGCGGAGGCGAAGCCGGGGGACGACGACGGCGACGCCUUCCUCGCACGCCGGCAAGAAGUCAGGCUCCCAGAGCAGGGCUCCCCGCCCGGCCAUUUCUCCCCGCCCAAAAUCUGAGAUUCCUCCCAGAGUUGCUGCAGACGAGAAGCGCGCGGCCAAUCCUAAUCCUGCUCGUGGGGGAUGAGCUCGCCUCCAAGGAAACACGCGCAGCUCUUUGCGCUUAUCCUUUAUAUUUGUGGCCCUUUUGCUGCUGCACAUGGGUGGCCGGUUUCCUGCUGCCCCUGAGUUUGGUGGAAGAUAAAAUACGAGCUGGAGACAUGUUACUGAAGCUUGGGUGUGGUGGGGGGGAGUUGCGCCUCCCCCCAAUCAAUAAAAAUACAUAGCAAACUGAGGUUCUGCCCCCCCUAACAAAAAUCCUGGCUAUUCCCAUGUACACCUUGUAUUUUAUAUUUCACGUGGCCCACUUAGGUAGGCCUGUGUUGCCUGACACGCCCUUCAGAGCCCCUUUAGAGUGAAUGUUGUUCAUGUCAUGACCCCUGGGUCAAGGUGGGCAGGGACUGCUUGGGUGUGGCACCUUUGCCCUGUAAACUGUUCAGCGGGCCCUCCCCAAAUCGACAACUGCCUAGGCCCCUGAAGAGCCUGCCCUGAGCACUCAGACGCUCUUGAGUCUGCCACUUCAAACCAUGACAGACGCAACAUAGUGAGUCGGGGUGGUGCAGUGGUUAGAGCGCUGGAUUCAGCCAUGGGGAGACACAGGUUCAGUCAUGCGCUGGGUGACCUUGGGACCGUCGCUAUCUCUCAGCCUAACCCACCUCACUGGGUUGUUGUAAGGAUAAAAUGGGCGAGACGGAGAGCCAUGCACGCCACCUUGAGCUCCGUGGGCAAAGGUGGGAUAUCAAUGUAAUAAAUAAAUAAAUCCAAUACACCCCUCCACACCCUGUCUCCUAACCACCAGCCCCCUUCUCUUCCUGCUUCUUUUCUCUUCCCCAUGGCCCAUCUAGUCCAGUUUCUUGUCCUCACAAUGGCCAGCUGGAUGCCUGUGGGAAACUCACAAGCAGGAUCUGAGCAUAAGAGCAUUCCCUGAUCCUGGAAUUUCCAGCAACUGGAAUUCUGGUUCCUUUGGAAUUGCAACUCCUUUAGCCCCCUGGUCUAGGGUCAGGAAACCUGUGGCUAGCUCCAGAUUUAGGGUAGUGUAGGCAAUUCUUCCAUAUACAACACCAAGCCGAGGGGGCAGUAUUAUUAUUAUUAUUAUUAUUAUUAUUACAGUCAUACCUCGGGUUACAGACGCUUCAGGUUGUGCGUUUUCGGGUUACAGACGCACCGAAACCCGGAAGUACCAGAACGGGUUACUUCCGGGUUUCGGCGCUUGCACAUGUGCAGAAGCGCUAAAUCACACUUUGUGCAUGCACAGAAGUGCCGAAUCGCGACCUCCGCUUGUGCAGACGCGGCACUGUGGGUUGUGAACGCUGCGGGUUGCAAAAAUGCCUCCCGCACGGAUCAUGUUUGCAACCUGAGCGUCCACUGUAUUAUUAUUAUUAUUUGUCGUUGUUGUAAAAACACAUAUUUAUACAGGUACCUACUCAAAUGCGGUACUCUCAACCUGUGGUACUCUCAAGUAUUGUUGGACUCCAACUCCCAUCUGCUGCAGCCAGCAUGGCCAAUGGCCAGUGAAGAUAGGCAGCAUUUGGAGGGCUAUAGCUUAGCCAUCUCUGAUGUAUAGAACUGCAGGCUAAAAAUGCUGUUCAGGAGCAUGGACAGGGAGCCUACUACUGCUUCCUGCAGUUACAAUGAAUUUCAGCUCGCUUAUUACUACCACUUGUCUUUUGCUUCAGGUAUAAGGAGGUAGGUGAAGGUGCAGAGUUAAGGCACAAAAUCACAUUGUUUCUGCAGGGAAGAGUAUUAGUGAGCCUACUCUUUAGCAUGGACGUAGCCAGGAUUUUUGUUAUAGGGGGCAGGCUUUUGUUGGGGGGGGGCAGAGCCUCAGAUUUGUAUUGAUUUUUAGUGAUUUGGGAGGGGCAGCUGCCCCCCUGCCUGCCCUUGGCUACACCCAUGCUCUUUAGGCUUGUCAUCUUACUAGCCUAAACGUUAACAACUGAAUUCAGGCUUCUUUCCAUCAGCUAAGUCCUAGUCCCUUACAAACUGCUUAGAUACUCAAGUUUGUAGGAAACAUGUUGCUUUCUGUUCUGCCUAUAUGGAGGAAAGUGGGUCCUACCAUUUGGAAGUGGGGGUUUGUCUCAUAUGGCACAUGCUAUGCUACCAAAACCACUUUAUCUUUAUCACCUGAAGAGCACUAUUUGCAUUUUUCUGCUGCAGGUACCAACAUGUCCUGGACCAUGGCUCAUAUACAAAACAGAAAAUUACAAAUUCUGAUUCAAAACAGGUUUACUCAGAAGCAAGUUCCACUCAGACCCACUGCGCUUGUAAGUAAAAUGUGUUUGGAACUAGCCUAAAUGCAAGGCUGUAACUAGGAUAGGAUAGACUGUACGAUACUCUCACUUUACAUAAUAAUUACCAUCUAAUUAGCCUUUCUAACCUUGCUGUCAUGUGCUAUAAAAGACUAACUAUAUAGGGCACAGGCUCUUCUAAAGGUUUUUACUCGCUGCCACCUCACAAUAGAAAGGAAGCUGCAUUGAAGGCUUAUUGAGGGAUAACAGGUCUCAUUUGCAAAUAACAGAUAAUCUAAAUUAUGCUGCCAUCUAGCACAAAAUAGAAGGAAAAAUAAAAAAAGCUGCCUAAAGGGAACACAUUUAGAAAGAAGAGCAUAAAACAGGCUCAUGUCCUUCAUUAUGAAAACACUGCCAGGGCGCAUACAUUUUCCAGUCAUUUUACCAUCUGACUUUUUAUUCUUAUCAUCCCUUUUCUUCUUUCUCCCCUUGAAUUUUCCUUUUGUGUUUGCACUGUUUUCCUCUAUCACACUCUUCCUUUACCUCAUCAUUUUUCCCCACUCAUUGACUUGUCUAGCUUUCUGCCUAUGCGAGAAAGCAGCAUGCACUCCCAACAGGGGGGCCAUAUAAUUGCACAGGUUUUUGAUAGUGGCGUUAAAGCAUCUGGGGAAGAGCGAAAGUGCAGCCUUUUCAGUAUAUUAUUACAAGAAGUCGGGUCAGCAGCACUUCCAGCCCCAAUCUCAUGGGCACUACACCAGUGGCUUCUAAUAUCACCCUGUGGAUGGUUUUUAACAUCAAAGGUGAAACUUGAGGAAUAUCUAGAGCAACAAAGCUAUUAAAAGUUAAAACUCAAGAGAUGUUUCCUAAAAAUAAAGUGAAUAUCUCAUACCAAAAUUAAGCUAUUUAUUGUGCACUUUAUUUAAUUCCUGGUAUGAAGCAUAAUUUAGUCAAGCUUUAUGUGAUUCAAAAGACAAUACAGAAUAUUCUAUCUAGUCCACGGAUAAUAAUGUAAUCAGCAGCUACAUAAAGAAAUUGUGUGUCGUAAUAGUUACAGGCGGAACUGGGUCUGAAAUCUGCAGCACUUUUAGCCCUCACACGCUGUCUUAUUUGUAGGAUAGAUUCCAGCACACACUGGGGAACUUAGGUUUGCACAAUUAAAAUGGAUUAAAGCGCUCCAUCACCCUAGCAGAACAAAUUGAAUUUUUAAAAGAAGCAGAUUUUUUGAGGCUAGGCAAGUGAUGGAGAACUGCACUGGAAGUGUGGAAUGUAAGAAUCAGGGCCGGACCACCCAUAAGGCAAGGUGAGGCUAGUGCCUCAGGUGGCAGGAUCCACAGGGGCAGCAGAUCUGGUCUCCCAAUGCAGCCAAUCCCAACAGAAACCAAGAUUGUGGAGGGUGGGGGAAUUUGAUGCAUCAGUUAUGUGUACACAUUUACCAAUUUUUAAUGUAGCGCCAUCAGGGUGCACAGAAUAUCGCCAAGUUCAAGAGGGCAGAUCCCUACUCCGGAGAGCUUACAGUUCAAAAACACACUGUACAGGGGAAGCAAUAGAGGAAGAGGGGAAUGGAGGCAAGGGUAAACAGAAAGAAUGUUAAUUUAUAGGUUUUGUUACAGGCUCAGUUUUAAUGGAGAACUUGGAUUUUGAAGGGGAAUUUCAAGGAAGGAUUUGGGCAGUGGUUCUCUGCUUCUUGUAGCUCUCUGAAUUUUAGCCUACAUUAGUCCAGAAUCUACAUUUAGUCCAGAAGAGCAACUCCUGUUUUUUUAUUCAAAACCAAUAAAGCGGAUUAGAAUCCUUGCAUCAUCCAUAAGCAUACACUGAAACAUAUAAACAUUUAUCCUUUUACCUGAGUUCAAAAGAAUAGCUUAACAGAGCUAAGGAACAGAUAAUCUGCUCUCUUUUUAUUUUUUUAUUUUUACUAUUACAAGUAUUAGGAUUUUGUUAUUGCAGACUUGGCCUAGAGAAUAAGCUUAAAAUUUUCUUUCCAUAAAACACUAAUGCUCGUGUUGUUCCUUUCAAAAGGGGUCAUAGUUUGUCCCUCUAAUUUUACUAAGUAUCAGAUCUCAAUUUCUAAAUUAUUUUUAUAUAUAAGGCUUGUAAAUACUCGCUUUCCUAGUGGCCUGUGCUCAACAAGAAUCACUUCCAGUCAAUAUAUACGUCUGUUAAUUCAAAGACAGCUCAUCCUGCUCCUUCUUCAAAUUAUUGGUAUGUACAAAAAAAGUA